UAUUAACUAUCGUCCUCCAAGUAGUAGCAGUAGUAGUAGUUUUGUCUAAUUUAGUGUUUAUUUUAAACUAGUGAGGUUCAUGUGUCGGGGAAGUAUCGUCUCUCAGCGCCAAAAUGCCUGUGAGACGCGGUCAUGUUGCGCUCCAGAACACCUACUUGGACACAAUCAUCAGGAAAUUCGACGAGCAAAAUCGGAAGUUUAUCAUUGCCAACGCCCAGAUGAAGAACUGUGGCAUCAUCUACUGCAAUGAAGGCUUUUGCCAGAUGUUUGGUUUCACCAGGGCAGAAAUCAUGCAGCAGCCCUGUACCUGCCAGUUCUUGGUUGGUCCCGGCACCAUGAAGAGUGCACUGGCCCAGCUGGCACAGGCCCUGCUUGGCUCUGAGGAGCACAAGGUGGAGAUCCUCUACUACUCUAAGGAAGGGACCUGCCGACCUUGCCGCGUGGAUGUUGUACCUGUUAAGAACGAGGAAGGAGUUGUCAUCAUGUUCAUUCUUGACUACCAGGAGCUCAUUGAUCCAACCCUGAAGAAGUCAGGCAUCAGGCAGAGGGUCACCCAGGGAUGGCUUUACUGUCAGAAUCGCAGGCUAAAGAUGAGACUGCCGGUACUACGCUCUAUGCGACGACCUUCACUCGCCAAAGAUCAGUUUGAAGGAGUGGUGGUGGAUUAUCUGCAGCCAAACAGUGAGGAAGUCCCUUUGAAAGAGUUUCGGAUCCCUUCCAAAGAGAGUUGCAUGCAGUCUGAGACUGAGGCUCUGAUAGAGCAGGACCUGGAUCCUCCCCCGACGGCAGCCCAGUCCUCUACUAAACGGUGUUCCCUCCUGACCGAUCGGCUUGACCCCAGCAUAGCCUUUACCAGGGGUACGUUACCUCGGAGCUGCUCCAGAGACAGUGUUCGCAGCCUUAGACGUGCUUCAUCACUGGAUGACAUCGAUGGCAUGAAGGCAGAAUGGAACAGUCGACCUGGAGAUCCGCAAAGUAACAGCAAUCUGAAGACGUGUGCUCUGAACUCCACCUCUGACUCAGACCUUAUGAGACAUAGAACCAUUGGCCGCAUCCCUCAGGUCACCCUCACAUUUGGUUCUGACCGCAUGAGACCUCCUUCACCCACAGAGAUUGAAAUCAUUGCACCCAGCAAGGUGAAAGACCGAACCCAGAACGUCACAGAGAAGGUUACUCAUGUCACACAGGUGUUGUCCCUUGGUGCUGAUGUACUGCCAGAAUACAAGCUCCAAGCCCCACGUAUCCACAAGUGGACUAUCCUUCACUACAGCCCCUUCAAAGCAGUAUGGGACUGGGUCAUCUUGCUUCUGGUCAUCUACACUGCCAUCUUCACACCGUACUCGGCUGCCUUCCUUCUCAAUGAAGUGGAAGAAGAACAGAGGAGAUCUUGUGGUUACAGCUGCAACCCACUCAAUGUAGUGGACCUUGUAGUUGAUGUCAUGUUCAUUGUGGACAUCCUGAUCAACUUUAGGACCACAUACGUCAAUCACAACGACGAGGUGGUCAGCCACCCGGGACGCAUUGCACAGCAUUACUUCAAGGGCUGGUUCCUUAUUGAUAUAGUUGCUGCAAUCCCAUUUGAUCUCCUCAUAUUCCGCUCUGGGUCACAGGAGCAGACAGAGCCUCAGACUCAAACUACAUUGAUUGGACUAUUGAAGACAGCCAGACUUCUGCGACUGGUGCGAGUGGCCAGGAAGUUGGAUCGUUACUCAGAAUACGGGGCUGCUGUCCUUUUUCUUCUCAUGUGCACAUUUGCCCUUAUUGCUCACUGGCUGGCCUGUAUUUGGUAUGCCAUCGGUAAUGUGGAGCGCACUGGCUCUGCCCGUAUUGGCGGUAUGAAGAUUGGUUGGCUGGACAACCUGGCUGACCAGAUUGGUAAACACUACAAUGACAGUGACAUCACUUCAGGGCCUUCCAUCCAGGACAAGUAUGUUACAGCCUUGUACUUCACCUUCAGCAGCCUGACCAGUGUGGGCUUUGGCAACGUCUCUCCCAACACCAACCCAGAGAAGAUCUUCUCCAUCUGUGUCAUGCUCAUUGGCUCUCUUAUGUAUGCCAGUAUUUUUGGGAACGUGUCUGCCAUCAUUCAAAGACUGUACUCAGGCACAGCCCGUUACCACACUCAGAUGCUGCGGGUCAAAGAGUUCAUCCGUUUCCACCAGAUCCCUGGAGGUCUGAGACAAAGGCUGGAGGAGUAUUUUCAGCAUGCCUGGUCCUACACCAAUGGCAUAGACAUGAAUGCUGUUUUAAAGGGUUUCCCUGAGUGUCUGCAAGCUGACAUCUGCCUUCAUUUGAACCGCAGCUUACUAACGAACUGCAAAGCUUUUCGAGGUGCCAACAAAGGCUGUCUGCGAGCUCUGGCCAUGCGAUUCAAGACCACCCACGCUCCACCGGGUGACACGCUUGUCCACAGUGGGGACAUUCUCACUGCUCUAUAUUUUAUUUCCAGAGGUUCUAUAGAGAUCCUAAGAGAUGAUGUGGUUGUGGCCAUAUUAGGAAAGAAUGACAUCUUCGGUGAACCCAUCAGUCUGUAUGGGAGGCCAGGGAAAUCCAGUGCGGAUGUCAGGGCUUUGACCUACUGCGAUCUUCACAAGAUCCUGAGAGACGACCUGCUGGAGGUUCUCGACAUGUAUCCUGACUUUGCUGAAAUGUUCUGGAACAAUUUGGAGAUCACCUUCAACUUAAGAGAUGCAGAUAGAAUAAACCCGCCAAGCCCGAGCAGGGACUCUGAAUGUGGCUGCCGAUUGACAAGGCAUCGGAGAAGCUCCCUGCGUCGGCGGAAUAGGCCAGAUGGGAUGGAUGGUGAAGAUCAGCCCCGUCCAAUCGCGAACCAUCAUCAUUGUAAAAUGACAGGAUCUCAUUGGGGAGACCUCGGUAGCAGUGCUAGCAUCUGUUCACAGUCUAGUGAUGAGGAAAUAAAGCCCAUGCAACAAAACAAGGGGGAGCUAUACCCAAACGGGGACACCAGAAACCAUCCACCUUCAGUAGUUAGCCUCCUGCCUCACAGUGGACCCUCUGCUGGAAUGGGACAGUCCUUAGACCUCGGAGGGCCUCUGUACUCAGCAGCAUCCCCUAUCGGCAUGUCCAGUUUAUAUGGCUACUGGCCAGAUCGCAGAGCCAGCCAGAUUUCAGAGAGCCAGAGACGACCGUCCUCAGUUAGGGCCACUCUUCCACCUCCAGUUUGUGUUGAGGACCGGUCCAGGGAGCUGGAGUCCAGACUAGAGCUUCUUCAGUCUCAGCUGAAUCGGCUAGAGACCCGUAUGACUGCCGAUAUCAAUGUGAUCCUGCAGCUCCUCCAGAGGCAGUUAGUCCCAGUACCACCUGCCUACAGUGAUGUGUCCCCCAGCCCUCACCCACCUCACCCCACCACACUGUACAGAACAGGAGUGCCCACAAUCCACACCAUUACUCCAAUCCAGCCAGUACAGAUAACCAGCACUGUCUCAAAGUUACAGAGUCCAGACUCUGACUUAGCACACAAAUCCAAAGACUCCUUAUCUAGUGGUAUCCAUCUCACAGUGGCAUCAGAUGACACCAUGUCCUUGUCACCAGAAGCUGACCCUCCACAUCUGCCCUCUGUGGAUCUCACUCCUACUCCGAUGUUAUGGUCUAAUGCCCAAGAACCUCCUGGACUGUUAUGUGGAAGUCAGCGCUUCCCCUCCCUUCCUGAGCACCUUGAGAACUCCAUAGAAAUGCAAGAGAUCCAAAGGCACGUCUCUGACCCUGUCCUACCUGGCAGCUAAAGCAGUCUUGUCCUUUUUAUAGGACAGCCAUAUUUUUUUCCCCCAAACUGAGUCUUUCCUCCACCUAAAACCUCCUGUCCUGCUCAGAAGUUGCUGCAGAGAAAGGGUUGCCUCCUGUUUCUCACAGACUGCUGAAGUUCAGCAUCCCUUCAGAUCAUGUGCAAUGGAGAGAUUAUUCCUGUCCCAAAGGGUGGAAAAGUUUUCAAGUCUGAACUGAGAGUAAGGACAAUGACAUUAAAGCAAUCACUGGAUCUGAAUGCUUCACAAACCGCAUCCCAGACUCAGGUUUCAUGAGGAAAAGAAAUAACAAGGAAAACUAAUAUGGUUCACGUUUGAAAAAUGCUCGGCAUUUACUUUGUUCAAGAAUUGCACAUUUAGGAUUUAGUAUAGAAAAAUGUAAUUACUUGGUAUUGAAUUUAUUUUUGUAAUAUAAGAGAUAUGUUGGUUACAUAAGGACCAUACAUGUAACAAAGAUGAGUGUUUUAGGUUCAGUGUUGCUGUGGUGUAUGUUGAAAAAUAUGAUAUUAAAUGUCUGACACAUUGUAAGGGAUAAAGGUUUAAGGCAUGGCUGUGAAAAAUGUCAUUUUCAUCUCAUAUUUCUUGUAACAUUGUGACAUAAAACAGCCAUGCUUGCUGAGUGUGUCAUUUGAUCAUUGAAAAGUAUUGCAGUGAACACAGUCAAACUUCAUAGUUUAUGUUACAUUUACUUGAAGAUCUUGUUUUGAUCAUGACAGCUUGUUUUCUCUUGUUUCUGUGUCUGUUUAUCUGUGCUGUUCAGCUCAGUUCAGUGUCAACUAUUUGUCAAAGUGAAGUAGUCACAUGGUUUAGAAUGAAGUCUGUGUGGAAAAGCCAACAAUGGCGGGUUUGUUCUGUCACAGCAGACAAGACUGUCACUUCCUUUGAAGACAUCAUGGAGAAAGUGAAGAAGAUGGUAAAACAUAAGCUGGAAGACAAGUGAAGAUGAUGGUGACCUUUAAAUGCAGAAUUUGUUUAAAAUGUGUGUGAGUUCCAACCACAAGGUGAAUGUAAUGAGUAUUCAAGCAUUUACAGUUUUGUACAAUUUUUCAUGAACCACAAAUUCCUGUAUUUUUUUUUCAUAAUAAAGAUACA